AUGCUCCGCAUUGUGACUGAGAACUGCGGGCACCAAGGCGUCGCCCCAUAUUUCUACCGCCCUUUCAUCCCCAUGAUAUCAGAUACAUUACCUAUGCAUGAGAAUGGCAACUACGGGUCGCAACAGAGGAAGGAGCACUUCGCCAGUAGUGCGGCCCCGGAUUUACACUACCAGCUCCCGCAGGAAGACCUCGAAGGCGAGUUCUUCUCCUGGGAGAGCCCCGACAUGCCAAUCCGGGAAAAGGUAUACAAGCCGGAGUCGGAGCCGGCGACGCCCAUCUCGGAUCCGUUCCCGCUUCUGUCGCGGAACCCGCCGCCCAAACGGAGUUUGCUGCAAGCUCCCCAAAUCAACCGGCCUCCACGGCGACACGCACCGGAGCGCACGCCACUGUUCAUCGGCUUCACGCGCAACUGGCCGCAGCUGCUGCAGUGCGUGGUGAGCUACAUCGCCGCCGGGUGGCCGCCCGAGGACAUUCAUGUGGUCGAGAACACGGGCGUGAUGUUCGCAAACCGGGAUGGAAGGCUGACGCUGCAAAACCCCUUCUAUCUCAACCACACGCAGCUGGCGAUGCUUGGCGUGGGAGUCAUUAUCACACCGACGCUCCUAACCUUCGCACAACUCCAAAACUUCUACCUGGCUACCGCCCUCUCGCUGGACUUACCAUAUUUCUUCUGGUCGCACCAGGACGUGAUGGUCUUCUCCAACGAGACGGCCACCGCCACUUCCCCCUCCACCUCCUCAGCCACUUCCAGCAACAGGAGCAGCAGCAGCGGCAGCAGCAGCAGCCUUUAUGCCAACGCCCUGCGCGCGCUGCGCUACCUGCUCUCGCCCGCCUCCCCACGCUGGGCGCACCACUUCUUCGCGUACGACCACCUGACGCUGGUGAACCGCGACGCGGUGCUGGCCGCGGGCGCGUGGGACACCCAGAUCGCCUACUACGCGUCCGACUGCGACAUGUACGUGCGGCUGAUGCGCGCGGGCUACUGGCAGGGGGAGAGCGACGUGGGCAUCAUCCUGGACGUGGCGAGCGUCAUGGCCGACGUCGGGGCGCUGCUGCGCAUUCCGGGGAUCGUGGCCCGGCUGGCCGGGGAUGAUAUCGAUGAUGGUGGUGGUGACAAUGAUGGUGAUGGUGGUGAUUACGAUGAUCUUUUUCUUCUUCGUGGUGGUGGUGGUGAAGAGAAGAAGAAGAAGAUGAUGAUGAUCAAGAUGAUCAACGAGCGUGGUGAGUCGUGGGAGAGGUUGCUAGAGUUGGGGUACCGCAUGGAGAGGAUGAAGUAUUACAGCGGGAACGGCGACCGGAAUACCUGGCAGGCGCGCCAGCGUGGCGGACAGGGGGAGCCGUUCUAUCGGGAUCCCGACGGGUUUGAGCAGGGCGUCAGGAUGUGGAUUGAUACAGGCCGGAGCGUGUUUGCCGAGAAAUGGGGCCAUCGCGGGUGUGACAUUGCGAGGGCCGGGGUCAGGCCCGAGGAUGCGUGGCAGCUGGAGAGGGAUUGGGAUAUAGAGACGGAGGGAAUGGGGCAUCAGGGUGGUUCGUGGUAGCAGGGGGUUGUACUGUGCGUAUCUUACCAAGUACAAAGUAGUAGUUGAAUCGUGCUGAUUGUAGAACUCAGCUCAUGUCAUCCCAAUCUAAUAAUGUUGGAUGAGUACAAGAUUAAGGAACACCGGCUGCUGUGGAACAUUA